AUGAAGGCACCGAGUACUGCGGAAUUGCAGGACAUCAAAGAGGAGCUUGAGAGCUGGGUAAUCUAUGGUCCCAGGGCAAAGCUUCUCCUGGACCAGUUGAAGACCUUGAAGGUCACAUCGAACUUCUCAGAACUGCCCCGCAUUGUGGAGAGAUACGUUCAUCAUCCACAGGAGUUGGUGGCUCAGCAGGCCAGAGGAAUUCUGGAGGAAUGGAAAGACGUGCGCAGUGUGAAGAGGGCGCUAGAAUUUCCUGGUAGUGAUGAUGACAGCGACGCGCCAAGCCGAGUUCGCAGAAAGGAGAAAGAGCGCAAGGUUGAGAAAGAUGAGGAUGAGGACGAAUCGAUGAGCUGUGAAGAUGUCUUUCAGGAGAGCGUGGAAUUUCUGGAGGCACCAGCUGGAUGGAGCAUGAAGCAGGCUUUCGUGCAAUUCCGCGGUCGCCGUGAACGUUUCUGGAAUUUCACUCUUCCGCGGCCCUUUGGGAACAGCAGCUGGUUUCUCCAAGUGCGUGUGGCGGAAACUUCCCUGUCCGAGAAAAAAACCCAAUCCAAGCGAUCCAAGGGAUCAAAGGAGAAAUCGCAGAAAUCCAAGAGCUCGAGCAGCUCGGGAACUUUGGAGCUGAGUGAAAUUCAAGAGCUCCUCCAGCGUAUGGCAUUGGAUUUGGGUGCCCUGCCGUCCGAAGAUGCUCUGGGAGAGGAGAAGCUCCGCGCCCUGCAGCGUUUGCAACGCCUGGAGCAACGCUUCACCGGGCCCGGCGUCACGGAGGCGGAGGCCCGGAACGCGCUGCGGCUCUUCGAACGCGAGCUCUCCAAGGCCAAUUGGACGGAAGAGAAAUUCGCGAAGUUGAAGAGGCAACUGGCAGGGACGGAGGAAUGGUCUGCCGCCGAUGUGGUGGUUGAAUGCUCUUUGAAAUGGGUCCAAGAAGGCAAGCGACGCCAGGCCUGGUUUACCAACGUCUCAGAGCGGAUGGCCACGCCUUUGGGCAUCGAGUUUGGAUAUACCUCCAAUGGAGGCUGCUGUUUUGUGGGACCUCUGUCCGCUGCUCUGGGCGCGGGGUUGACCACAGCUUUGGUGUGCCAUCUUGCGCAUUUGGACCUCAAGAAACACAUGGAGAAGACCAAGCGGAUUUCGGCGCCGCAGUUCCUCCAGGGCUUUGUAGCGCCCUGGCUUUGCUUGGAGCAUGAACUGCAGUGGUUUGAUAGCAAAGAGUACCCAUUCUCGCGUGAAACAGCUCGCGUCAUCCCAAACCGGAUUCGGAACUGCUCGCCUGUGUGGCGUGCAUGUCGCGCGAUGGACCAAAGCGACAGCCUUCGCAGCUGGUUGCAAUGCCCGUGGACACCUGGUUUUAAUGUGCUGCUGAAGUUUUGCCAAAGGCCUUCGACGCGGCACUUGCUUUGGUACCUUCCGCAUGUGGAAGAUUAUCGCAGAGACCAACUUUGCCAUUUGGGCGAUGUGGUCUAUUUAGACUAUGCCGGAGCAGCCCUUUUUAGUCGUGCUCAGCUUGCAGCCACACAGGAGCUGCUGCUUCAGAGUUGCCUGGGCAAUCCCCACAGCUCCAGUAGCAGCCAGGAAGCCCUGGAGCGAAGUCGGGACUUGGUCCUGCAUCUCUUCAACGGAAGCCGGAAGACUCAUAGCGUGAUCUUCACCUCUGGAGCUACACAAAGUCUCCAGCUACUGGGGGAACACUUCCCAUGGAGAUCUGGAGGAUGCUUCCUCUAUGCCGAUGAGAGUCACACCAGUGUCCUGGGGCUUCGGCAAUUCGCCCGUGCCUCCAAGUGCGCAUUUGGAACGCUUGCGAUGAAUGAUCUACCAUUGCUCGCAAAGGAUCCUUCAGUCGCCCAGUUCAUCGAGGGGGACAUGGCGACCAAGCCAGCUUCGAAGCUUCUGGCCAUCCCGGGGGAAUCGAACUUCAGCGGAUUGAAAACGGAUCUGUCGUGUCUGUCCGAGCUCCGCAAAGAGAAGUGGAGGAUCCUCUUGGAUGCCGCCAAGUUGGCUUGUUCCCCCGGAGCUCUGGAUUUGAAGAGCUGCUGUGCAGAUUUCACGGUGGUCUCUUUCUACAAGAUCUUUGGGUACCCCACUGGCCUUGGAGCUCUGCUGGUGAGGCACGAUGCUGCACCCCUGCUGCAGCCGGCUGAAGCUACGUACUUCGCAGGUGGCACUGUAUUGUCAAUCUCUGCCAGAUCAAGUUUCGUGGUGCCCAAGCCAUCCUUGUCAGAGUGGCUGGAGCGAGGCACUCCGCACUUCCAAGGCAUUCUCUCUCUACCGGCACAGGUUUCCGAGGUAUCGCGUUUGGGCAGCCCCUGGGCCCGGUGGCAUCACCCGUUGGCCGUGUGCCGAGAAGCCUAUCUGCGGACGGCCGAGGCGCGGCACGGCAACGGCCAGCCGCUCAGCCGCGUCGUGGGGGCGCACGAGCACCCAGAGUGGGAGACGAUGCAGGGCCCCACGCUGGCGCUGUUGCUGUACUACGCUGAUGGCUCGCCGGUGCCCUAUGGCCUUGUUGCCAAGGAGGCGGCAGAACGGCAGGUGAUGCUGCGGACUGGAUGCCAUUGCAAUGCUGGAGCAUGUCAGCGAUAUCUGGGCCUCACAGAUGAAGACAUCCGUGGCUUCUACGCCACUGGGAAGGUUUGUGGGGAUGAUCGAGGUGUGAUUGAUGGACGGGCCACAGGUGUGGUGCGCCUGUCCUUUGGCCUUUACUCCACCUUCUCAGAUGUUGAUAGAUGGAUGGAGGUGUUGAUGCACUUUGUUGAUCAGCUCCCACAAGAACAGCCCUCCAUGGUGGCCUCUGACACCUCAGUGCCUGAAAAGGUGACGGAACUGGCAUCUGGCACCGGGACCAUCAGUGCGUUGAAGGUGUACCCAGUGAAGGGCUGUGGCGCCCUGGAAGUAAAGCGUUGGCCAAUGGAUGGUGCUUCAUUGUUCUUGGAUCGAAGAUGGUGUUUGACUUUGGCGAGCAGGAAACGGCCGGUGAGUGCCAAGCAAGCUCCACGACUGACAAAUGUGAGACUUUCUCUCAAACAAGAGGAGAGGCGAUUUGUCCUGGUGCUUUCAAGCAAGUUCCACCCACAAAAGUUGGAGAUGGUCUUGAAUGCCGAGGACUCCCAGAUUCUGCUUGCCAGCGGUGUUCAGACUUUUGAGGAUCAGAUCGAUGGUGAGAGCUCCAAUACAGUGAGACUGGAUGAAGAAGAGAUCGAUUCUGCAGCCGCUUCUGCCUGGUUUGAGCAGUUGCUGAAUAUCCAGGGCCUCCAACUGCUCCGCGCCGCUCCUUCCCGCAGCGUUCCCGGCACCGGAGAAGCACCGGAGACGUCGCCGGCGAAGACGGACUUCGCCAAUGCGCCCAAGACGCUGUUGAUGGUCUCGACCGCUUCUCUAAAACGCUUCGGGGAGGUUUGUGGCUUGGGCACUGUGCCGGUGGAACGCUUUCGCGCCAAUUUGGAGGUGAACUUCCCGGAAGAUCAAGCCUAUGAAGAGAUGGCCUGGCCAUCCGGCUUGGCGGUGCAGGUGGGCGGUGCAGAUACCUUUGAAGUGGCCGGGAAAUGCGUUCGCUGCCAAGCCAUUGACAUCGACCCGGACGGCGACGCGGACGCGACAGCGGAAAGUUCCGGGCCUUCACUGCUGGCAGCGCUGGCGACAGCGGAAGGAGUGGGGGGAUCGACAUCCAAAGGACCCACCUUUGGGGUUCUGUUGAGGAAACGCCCGGAGCAAACGGAGCAACCGGAGCUGCGGAUCUUGGAGGUGAACAUGGCACUGCAAGCGAUUGGGAGCUCCAACGUUGGUGAAAGAUGGUGAACGUGAAAGCUUGAUCCAAGACGUUGCGAGGGAUGUACAAAUUGUAUCAAGUUGCAACAGUCAAAUUGCAACACUUUUGCAAAUAAACACAUACUGCCUUUGAUGAGGGUCCCCUGUUGGAGCAGAGAUUUUCAGAUCAGCAUUCAAAAA